AUGGAAAAUAAUCGAAAUACGUUGGAGGAAAAGCAGAGUUGCAGCAUUUUGAUUUUAAAGAGCCAGGUUCGUUCUUUCAUGUCUGUUGAUGCUGCCGUGUUUCAGAGAGCUGUUUGGACAAGGAUAGUGGUGAUGGAAAAAACAAUGGCAUGCAUGGAGAUAGGCGUGUAUAUGGUUGUGGGGACUCAGAUGCUGUCUCUGUCACAGAGAGAUGUGAGGUUUGUAUUUCAUGGUGGAUCAUCAGAGAAUCAGCAAGUGUGCAGUGCAUCGUCCGUUCAACCGAAGUCCGUUAUGGCAGAUCGAACCAGCAACGCGGGUGGUCACCAUGAUUUAUCCUUCUACAAAAUAGAGGACCAACACAACAGAAGAGGGUUUGUGCGGAUUGUAACACAACCAGUACCCCACUCUGGAGGAGUGGUCCUAAUGGUCCUAAGUUAUAUCUUGUUGGUGCAGUCACUUUGCAAUGCCUGUGGCAUUCGGCAGAGGAAGGCAAGAAGGGCAAUGGCAGAAGCUGCGAGUGGUUUUGCUCCUUCCAGUUGCUUGGAUGCAAAGACCAGAAUGCAUCAUCACAAGGAAAAGAAGUGUCGUAGCAACCAUUUUUCACGGUUCAAGAAUAAGUCCAAGGCUGCAACUAGAGCUGUUGCUGCUGCUGCUGCUAGAGGAACAUUUUCUGAGGAGCAGAAAGUGAAGAUUGAUUUGAAUGAAGUAUCUCCAAUGGAUGAAGUAACUCAGGCAGCGUUGCUUCUUAUGGAUUUAUCCAGUGGCUUUCUUGACUUUUGA